AUGGCGACCGACGCUAACUGGUACGUUUAUGCUCCAUACUUGGCCGGACGAGGCUCAUUGAGCAGCGCAUGACGCUCGCGUUCCGUGUGGGGCUUCAUCAAUGCUGAGCGCGGCGCUCUGCUGCUCCUCUUCCGAAUCCCUGCGCACCCAACAGCAUCUUUUGCAAGAUUAUUGCUGGGCAGAUCCCGAGCAUGAAGCUGUACGAGGAUGAUCAGACACUGGCUUUCCUGGGUAUGUGCAAGGACGCUGCGACUCACUCUUACCUAUCUGCUUUCUCGCCGCUAAUCAUCACCUCUCUUUCCAUCCAUCCACGUCUCAAGACAUUGGUCCAAUCUCUCGAGGUCACACGUUGGUCAUUCCAAAGUACCACGGCGCCAAACUUCAUGAUCUUCCAGACGAGACGCUGGGAAAGAUUUUACCUGUCGCGAAGAGAUUGGCCAUCGCUAGCGGAGCAGAGGACUACAAUAUUUUGCAAAACAAUGGAAGAGCUGCUCAUCAGCUCGUGGAUCACGUUCAUUGUGAGCAGCGAGGCGGCUGUACGCACUGUUCCCUGAAGCAUGAGUCUGGUGUGAAGCGUUUCGACCAGUCGGCCAAGCUGGUGAAGCCCUCCGUGCGGCCAGGAGGGGCUCGUCUAUAUCGUUUGGGUCUUCGCCACUGAUUGCGUGCUGAUUCCUGCUGCAAAUGUGGUUCCCGCCUCCUUGCAGUCCACGUCAUUCCCAAACCUUCCAAAGAGCAGGGUCUAAUCAUCGAGUGGCCAGGCACGCAGCCCGAAAAGGAAGAGCUGCAAAAGGUGAGGAGCCGACUCGCAAAACGAUGGCGGCAAACUGAUAUCCUGCUCCCUUCUUGUGCUGCUACAGAUUCACGCCGAGCUCAAGGCAAAGUUCGAUCAAUUGCCCAAGCUCUAA